UAGUCGGACCUACCUCUGCCCUAGAGGCUAGAAAGGGUAUCAGGUAUCCUCAAUUAUGGGUUGUCUAAAACGCAUUGAUGUGUAUAUCAUGAAGCAGCAAUGAUAUGUAUGUUCAACCACUCAAACGGAGAGUAGGUCAUUGGCGUCACAGAUGUUCAUACUUCACGACUCUUCACAGACAUCUCGAGGUCACGCGCCAUCUGGCGUUCAAGAUGCUCUUUGCGUCCCGAUACGGUCACGAAUGGGCCCCACUGGGCAGCAACUCGAAAAUGGUAGUCUCUGUCACCACAAUAUACACACGAUCCUUCAAGGAAUGUCCCGCCGGUCUUCGCGCGCCAGCUAAUGCAAGCAAUCUCGAAAACGACGCAGGAAUGAUGCACGGCUGCAAGUAUGAUUGGACUUGUAGUGUCUCAUCACCACAUAGGACGGCCUCUGCCAAUGCAGGUGGUCGCGAUGCAAUCCCGAUCUCAUCGCACCGGCUCACCCGCUGUUCAUACUUCCAAAUUCAGCACCGCGCGUCGCACCGAGUGGUGGUGGCGGCACGCGGCGAUGUCAUGGAGCAAGGUGGACACCUACUUAAAGCACGGUACAAGCACGUCUCGCCAUUGCUCGCGCCCUCCGGCGUGCUCGGACUGAUCCCUGAUCGGGAUCGAAUGAGGUCGCGCCGCGCUCGAUCUCUCCGUCGACUGCUUCUGCGAUUCGCGCCGAGGAUCUCCGAGUGCGACGCGUUGACAGACGCCCGUCAUAUAUGUUUUCAGGCUCAUUUGAAAUACCAUCGUACCGGCGUCUUGCGUACUUAGCGACUGCGGAUACUCCUGAGUCGUGGUGAACCCGGUGUUGACCGAAGUCUACUCUGCUCGUUGAUAAGUACUUAGGUGCGUAGCAGGCUCUCCAUCCCUCAGCUCGAAUAUAGCUUACGAUCGCAUGGUCUCUUCGAAAUACGUCGGUGGAACAUGGCAUCGCACCACACAACCUGCGCUCAAGCUGUCCUGUCUUUGCCUUUGUCCUCCUUACUGGGCAUGCAGUGGGAACGGUUGACGGCAUAGACUCCUAUCUCCAUUACAAAUGCAGGCGCGACGUUGGCUACAGGGCGCCAGGUCUUCCAUCAUAACCCCGCCCUGCAUGAUUGACCUGACUUUGACUUUCUGAUGAUACGCUCAACAGACGCUUGUUGUC